AUGCAAAUUUUUAAGAAAAUGGCAGAAGGAAAUUAUUCCACAGUGACUGAGUUCAUCCUCUCUGGAUUAACAGACAAGCCAGAGCUCCAGCUGCCCCUCUUCCUUCUCUUCCUAGGAAUCUAUGUGUUCACAGUGGUGGGGAACCUGGGGAUGAUCACACUGAUUAGGCUGAGCUCUCACCUGCACACCCCCAUGUACUAUCUCCUCAGCAAUCUCUCCUUCAUUGAUUUCUGUCAAUCCACUGUGAUUGUCCCCAAAAUGCUGGUCAACUUUGUGAUGGAGAAAAACAUCAUCUCCUACCCUGAAUGCAUGACUCAAUUCUACUUUUUCAUUGGUUUUGCAAUUGCAGAGUGUCACAUGUUGGCUGUAAUGGCGUAUGACCGCUAUGUUGCCAUCUGUAACCCCUUACUGUACAAUGUUACUAUGUCUAAUCAAGUCUGUUUAUGGUUGGUAUUUGGGGUAUAUAGCAUGAGCUUGAUUGGUUCCAUAGUUCACACAACCUACAUGCUAAGAGUGCUUUUCUGUAAGGAUGAUAUAAUAAAUCAUUACUUCUGUGAUUUUUUUCCUCUACUAGAGCUCUCUUGCUCCAGUACAUUUAUAAAUGAGGUAUUAGGUCUGUCAUCAAGUGCAUUUAACAUCUUUUUACCAACCAUGACAAUUCUUAGCUCCUACAUCUUCAUCAUAGCCAGCAUCCUGCGCAUUCGCUCCACUGAGGGCAGAGCCAAAGCCUUCAGCACCUGCAGCUCCCACAUCUCAGCUGUUGGUCUCUUCUUUGGUUCUCUAGCAUUCAUGUACCUGCAGCCAUCAUCAGUCAGCUCCAUGGACCAAGGGAAAGUGUCUUCUGUGUUUUACACUAUUAUUGUGCCUAUGCUAAACCCUCUGAUCUACAGCCUGAGGAAUAAGGAUGCCAAAGUGGCCCUAAGUAAACUCCUUGGAAAUAGAAGUUUCUGA